GUCCGACCUGAGCCCGAAUUCAUCGCUCGCCGCGUUGGGCGUCGUCUCGUUGACCACCUGCAGCCCAACUCACCCAACGCUUGAACAGCACUUUCGGUCACAGUUGUAUACCGGUACCCACCUUAGUCGCGCCUCGGCCCCUUACGCAAUCGGCCGCCGCUCGCCAUGGAGCCGCUGUCAUGCAGUAGCUGCAGCAGAACUUUCCCAUCAGUGCCGACUUUAGAGCGUCAUCGUCUGCGGUGCCGAUUCCGCCCUACGAGCCGGCGAAAGGCAUGUGCCGAGUGUUCGCGAUCCAAAGUUCGCUGCGACCAGGCACUGCCAAGCUGCUCGAGAUGUGUCGUCCACUCCUUGGUGUGCGUAUACCCUCACCUCGAGGGGCUCCGCGUCACGCCGAAUGGACCGCACCCUGUCUCGUCGGGUUCGCUUGUGACUGUCCCACUUACUCCAUCUCCGAGCUCGCCGCACUCACAGCAGUGGGCGCCACCCGAUCGGGAAGGGCCUCUGGGUGGCCGCCCACCUGCAGAUUUCCUUCCCGUCCCAGCGUGGCCUCCAGGCGCAGAAGCAGAGUGGCAGGCUGGUGCUCUCCCCUUAUUCGAGGGGAACUUCGACUGCCCUGACCUCUCCCUAGGUCUCGGAGGACUCGACGAAACCAUCAACUUGGACAGCAAUCCUCGCUUUGCGCAAGCCCGAGAACCAUGUCACUUUCAGGAUUUGUCCUCGUACCUGAGCGAGAAAUGGAAAACUACCCAACAGGGACUCGAUUUCAUCGACAGCGUACUCAAGGUCAAUGUGGACAACUUCGUCACUGGGUUACAGAAGCCCUUUUUUGUUCACUUUCAGGACUGGGACGUUGCCCAGAGACCCGCGGCUCUCACCGAAGCCGUGACGGUAGGCCAGCUCUACAUGUACGCCACGCGGACUGUACAAUCCGACGCUGUCCUCCUCCGAGCCAUCGAUGCGCAGCUGGGCCAAUUCCAACUCAAGGUUACAGCAAUGCAAAGUGAGCGUGACGAGAUCUCGAUGCUUCAGGCUGUGCUGUUGUAUGCAUGCAUGCGAGUAUACCGCGCCGGCCCCAUCGCCUCAGAGUGUAUAGACAGGAUCCCUUUGAGGUUGAUGCAGCACGUCCUCAGCAAAAACCUCCCCUGCAUGACCCUCCCCACCAACCCGCUUCCCACGGCCUGGCAGGACUGGAUCGCCAUCGAAUCCAUCCACCGAGCCUUCUUCACCCUGCACGCGCUCGAUUACGUCACCCAGGCGCGCCAGUCGGCCCCUACGGCACUGUGCUCCUUCUACCCUACCGCGCCCCUUCCGCUGCCGACACACAUCUGGGAGGCGCCGACUGCCGACGAGUGGGCGGCCCGGUACCGCGCUUGGGAGAAGUACUGCGACGCUCAGGGCCCGCUGAGGGGGAGGGAUGUGCUGUCCUGGGUGCAGGGGAAGGAGUCGGGGGCGGAGGAGAAGCUGAGGGCGUGGUUUCUGGGAAUAGAGGACGAGCUGGGUGGGUUGGUGUUUGAGUGCGCGAGGGCUCAGGGGAAGACGGAGGGUGCGGGUGCGCUGGUUUGACACAAACAGGGUUCUCACCUAGAAACGGCCACCUGAGAAGUCGAAGCAAAGACGCUUGUCAGCUAGACACUGACGACCGGGAUAGGGCACCCGUCUUCUGACCGGGAAAAAUAGGCAUGGCUCCCUUUGACGGUAACUUGACCGAAGAGCUGGGGAAUGUGGUGAGUGGAAUCAUCCCAAAAGCCUGGAGGAGCGGACAUCACGGAUGGUCGGGAUGGAGUUGAGCCGUUGAGGUCGCUUUUCCGUUGUUGUUUCCCCUUCCUCGGCAUGACCAAUAAAACAGUCCCCGGGUUUGGUAACACCGCAAGUACUUACCGCGAGAGACCAUGCAGCAGAGAAUCCAAAAUUUGCUUAAGCC